GUUCAAAUGUAGAAUUAAUCUGCAAGUCAUAGAAUUACGUUCUAACGCUUUCUGACAACAGUGUAUCCAUUUAGACGAUUAAAUUAACAUUUCCUGAGUAGGCUAUUCUUUAUUAUAUCACCUAACAUGUCGGGGACCAUUAUCAUUCGGAUUCAGUCCCCUGAUGGCAAUAAACGAGUCACCCUUCCCCCAACAACAACCCUCUACAAGUUCUUCCAGAAGGUUUCUCAGACAGUGUCCCUCCCUGCUGAUGGCUUUAACCUGUACAAAUCACGUGACAAGACAGAUCAACUCAAAGCCUCCAGCAAAGUCACACUAAAAUCACAAAGUAUCAAGCAUGGUGAUAUGAUAUACUUAUUCCCAACUGCAGUAAAGGAAGAUGGUAUUGUAGAGCCUUCAACACAAGUCAAAUCAUCUAUCCCCACCUCCUCCUCAUCAUCAUCCCUAUCAUCAUCGUCGUCAUCACAACCUCUGGCAUCAGUUGUCGAGGAUGAAGUUGACCAGUUUCUAUGGAAACAGGAUGGUAAAAUCUACAGGAAAAGAGAUGGCCAAUUAUGUCACCAUGGUGUCAAUGCAGAGUGUGUCCAUUGUGUACCUUUAGACUCCUAUGAUGAAAGAUAUCUGAAUGACCAUGAUCCUCCCAUUAAACAUCUAUCCUUCCAUUCUCACAUCAGGAAACUCACUGGUGGUGUGGAUAAGGGAAAAUUUGCAUUUUUAGAGAACAUAAGCUGUAAAAUCAAACCAGGAUGUACGGAGCACUCACCGUGGCCACAUGGUAUCUGCACAAAGUGUCAACCAAGUGCUAUUACAUUAGAUAGACAACACUAUAGGCAUGUAGACAACGUGAUGUUUGAGAAUCCCAUGAUGUUUGAUCGCUUCCUAGACUUCUGGAGGAAAUCAGGGAACCAAAGAAUAGGCAUGCUAUAUGGGAAGUAUGAACAUCAUAAAGAUGUACCUCUAGGAAUCAAGGCUACCGUCUUAGCAAUAUAUGAACCUCCACAGAACAGUACAUCAAAUAGUUUAGAAUUACUAGAAGAUCCCUUUGCAGAAGCCGUCAACUAUGUAGCAUCCAAAUUAGGUCUUUGUAAGGUUGGAUGGAUAUUUACUGACCUGUUGGCUGACGACCUCACCAAAGGAACUGUCAAACAUGUCAGGAAUAUGGAUGCCCACUUUAUGACAGCUGAAGAAUGUAUAAUGGCUGGUGAGUUCCAGAACCAACAUCCAAGCCCAUGCAAAUUAGCGACAGAAGGACACUUUGGCUCCAAAUUCGUCACAUGUAUAGUAACAGGUGAUUCAACGAAUCAGAUACACACAGAGGCAUACCAGGUAUCAAAUCAAUGUAUGGCACUGGUUAGGGAUGACUGCUUGGUGCCUACCAUCGAUGCACCAGAGCUUGGUUAUAUCAGGGAAUCUACAAAUGAGCAAUAUGUACCUGAUGUAUUUUACACAGAAACUGACAGCUAUGGCAACUCGUUAAAGCAGCUGGCAAGACCCUUACCAGUAGAGUUCCUUCUUGUUGAUUUACCAGCUGGGUUUCCCAAGGAUGCCACAUUUGCCUUCAACUCGCAGCCAGGUCUAAAGCCCUUCCCUAUUGAGAACAGAGUAGGUGUAGGAGAGGUUCAAGGCAUGGAGUCACUCACUCAAUACAUGGGACAGUUUGAGAGUGGUCAAUUAAUGGAAGCUAUGCUGGACUUUCAUCUCCUUGUCUAUCUUGCCACUAUGGAUCUAUUGCCACUCAGGGACCAUAUGGAUCCUCUGUUAGAAGCCCUCAAGUCAAGAGACAAACAUCUUGUUGAUGCCUGGUCUAAAUGUGAGCAGUGGGCAACAAUGGAACACUUCAUAGCAGCUCAGGGUCCAUCAGCGACGGGAGAGGCUGUGCCCAGCACGUCCGGGGCAAGCGGAACCAGUACCUCUACCUUUGUAUCAGGGACAUGGACCUGUGAACGAUGUACAUUCAUCAACCAGAACUCUGCUGCAAAUUGUGAGAUAUGUGAUGGUCCCAGGGGCUAGGCCCCCGAACAUGUACCUAGUUAGCCAUUCUAUCCUCUCUUAAAUCAAAUCUAUGAAGCUCAUAUGUGUCAUUGAGUGAAAACUCCAAAUGAAAUGAUAAAGAUAUUAACUAAUUUAUGGUGGUAUGUAAUUGGUAAAUAAGAAGUGGAGAGAGUCAGUUGCGGAUAUUGUAUUUAUGGAACUUGUUUGCCUUUUGGGUUUAAAAAAAGUGCUGUGAAUUUAAAUGCACCUUGAAAAGAUUUAUUUUGCAGAUGAAAACCAUAUCCAAUAAUCACUCAUAUUUUCUGCUCAAUGAAUUUCCCUUUAAGCUCAACUCCUGUUUUAGUACCAACAAGAAUAUUGAUUUGAAAGUAAUCAAAUAUAGUGUGAAAUUGUCCUCCUUGAUUAUAAAGAUACAUGUACAAGUUCAUCUUAUAUUUCCAUUCAUGAUUUCGGGAGACUUUCUGGGCAUUUCUUUAAAGGUUGCAAUGAAAAAAAAUCCCCCUCAACAUGGGCAAUUCAAUGAAAUAAACCUACUUGAAUGUUCGACCCCCAUUUUGCUCCAUAUUUAUAUCACUUUGUGAACCACUCAACUUGGUUGAUUUGAGAGCAUUGCAUCAUUUCAUGUGGUGCUGGCUUUUCAUAGAUGAGAUUGAUUGGAUCAAUCACACUUCAGUGGCUUCAAGAUCAUUCAUUACUGUAUCUCAUAGAAUGUCAUGAUUGAAUAUAAAGACCAGGGGCGGUAUUCUGAAAACGUUCUUAUCUUAAUUUUGUUCUUAUCUACGUCACGAUCUCAAAUUGGUAUUCUGAAAACGUUCUUAUCUUUUUCUUAUCUUUUGUUCUUAUCUUUUUCUUAUCUUGCUAAACAUCCUAUGCUGAGCGCGUUAAUGUAUUACUCGCGCAUAUAAUACAAAAGCGCGCUAAAAAGAUAAGAACAAAAUGAAGAUAAGUGGUAUUCUGAAAACGUUCUUAUCUUUUCUCUUUCUUAUCUUUCACGAUAUUUAUGAUAAUAUUUAAGAUAGCUAGAGGGUUAUCACAUCUCACGAUGUCCGUGUUCUUUCUUGCUUAAAAUCGAUGGCCACCAUUAGUAACAAGUACCCACAAGUAUUCCUCCCACCAUUUCUUUCAUUCACCUUUUAUUUUCCCCGUCUCUUUUUUCUAUCCCUUUUUUCUUUCUUUCUUUAUUUAUUUUCUCUUUUUCUUCCUUUCUAUCUGUCUGUCUUUCUUCCUUUCUAUGUGUUUGUCUUUCUUUCUUUCUUUAAGUUUAUUCUUCAUUUAUAUAUUUUGUUUUAUUCUUUUGAAUCUUUUAAUUUCUUUACUUUUCUUUUUCUUUGUUUCAUUUAUUCUUCAUCUUUCUUCCUUUUUUAUUUUCCCUUUUCAUUUUAUCCCUUUCUUUCUUUUCUUGAAUAAGUCUUUAUUUCUGCUUUUAUUCUUUCCCCUUUCUCUCUUCCUUUCCUUUUCUUUUCUUUUCAUGUUUCUUUCUUCCGUCACAUUUUUGUAAUCUUUUUAUUUCUUCCUUAUUUGUUCUUUCAUUCUUUCGUCUUUGUAUGUGCUUUUCCUUUUUUCCCCUUUUUCUUUCUUUCUUCCUUCCCUUAAUAUUAAUUUUUUCCCCUUAUUUUUUUUUCUUUUUUUUUUCUUUUUAUUUUUGGGUUCUUUUUUUUUCUUUUUUCGUUCAUUCCUUUGUUCUUUCUUUCAUUUUUUUUAAUUUCUGCUUCCUGACACUCUUGUGUCUUAUUUACUUUCUUUCUUGUGUUUUAUUCUUUAUUUCGCUCAUUCUUUUUUCGUUCAUUCUUUUUUUACUCUCUUUCUUUACUUUCCUCUCUGUGUCUUUCUUCUAUCAAUUUCAAAAAUCUUUUUCUUUAUUCUUUCCAUUAAUGUUUUUCCGUUUUCUUUUUUUAUUCAUUCUUCACUUUUCCUGACUUUUGAUUUUCCCUUUUCGUUCCUUUUCUUUUUUGAGUUUUCCUUUCUUUCUUUUUAUCUUUCUGUAAUCUUUAUUUUUGCUUUAAUUUUUCUUUCAUUUUUUCUCUCUCAUCUUUAUUUCUUUGUUUCAUUUUCCUUUUCCUCUCUUUUUAUUCUUUUUUAUUUUGUCCUUUUACUUUUUUCCUUUAAGUUUCUUUCUUUUCUUUCUUCAUUUUUUCUUCCUCACUGUAUCAUUGAUAAUCGUUCUAUUUUUUUUCCUUAUUUUAUUAUUUUUUAUUUUUAAGUUCUUUUUGCUUGCUUACUUUCGUUAUACUCUAUAUUUCUUUCAUUAUUUUUUGCUUUGUUCCUUUCAUCUUUUUUUUUAUUCCUGCUUCAUUCUGACAACUUUCUGUCUACUUACUUCUUUCUUCAUAUUUUAUUCUUUAUUCGUACCUGCUUUAUUUACUUUUUAUCUUUACUUUCUUUCUUUCUUUAUUUUGUGCACGUGUCUCGAAAUAAUAAUCAGUCAUUGCGUAUAAAAUUCCUAUUUCGCGCAAUGCGCCAGAAACAGUGUACGCACAGCGCCCAUGAUAUUCUCUUGACAUGAGGAACGCUUCUAUUGGUUAAACUGCCAAUAUAAAGCGCAUUUUGAUUGGUAAUAUCCUAAAAAUGGGCGUGUUGAAGAUAAGAAGGAGGCAGUCCUUACAAAGAUAAGAACGCGUUAAGAAGAUUUUCAGAAUACCGAUUUGCAAUGAUUUUAGCGUCUUCUUAUCUCAAUGAGAUAAGAUAAAAGAUAAGAACAAAGAUAAGAACGUUUUCAGAAUACCACCCCAGGGCCCCGUCUUAUAAAGAGUUACGAUUGAUCCGAUGAACCUCAAGUAUAUGGAAAUCCAUCAAUGUCAUAUUUUUCCCUUUAGGAAAUUUGUACAAUGUCCUUUGAAAACAAAGAGAAACAUACUUAAUUGUCAAGGAAACAGUGAAUGUAUGAAUAUGCAUCAUAUCUAGAAAAUAUGUUCAACAAACAUGUAUUUUAGAUUUUUAUUUAUUUUUUUUUUUUUAAUGAGUUUUAUUUGCAAUUCACAUUUUAACAAAAAUAUCUCAGAAAAAACAGAUACAUGAUUCUUUUACAUUCAUAUAGAUAGACACCAUGCUAGGUUAAAGUAAUAUACAACAGAUCUAAUUCAAUUUUAGAUGUUGACAUUGCUGGCUUUCCAUAGUUGUGGUUGAUUGGAUCAAUCAGAACUCUUUGUAAGACAGGGCCCAAGUUUGUAAGUUUAUGCACGGCUGGUAACUCUUUCUUGCGCUACUAAUCAUGUGUCCCUAUGCACCUGACUUGGCAACUAAGAACAUGUUCCAGUCGUGUGUAAAGUCAUACAAAAUUUAUCGAACAGCUUUGUACGACACCCCAACAGGGCCAAGUGUUCCAUGAAGCAUUUUCUCUGUGAUUUUGACUGCUGAAUUUGCUCUCAGCCAAUCAGAUAUAAUUAUUUCAGUAGCUUAUAACAGUCAGUGAAAAUUACCCAUCUACAUCAUUGAUAUGACAUAAAAGAUAUUGUUAUCAUUAUUGUAAGUCUCGUGGUAGGCAGGUAUCCAGUGUUAUGAAAAAGAGAAUACACAUUGUACAACUGGUGCCCAUUAUUAACAAUGUAGGAGUGAUUUUGAGGAAAAUAUUCAUUUGUUACUCAUUGAAAAUUGUAUUUCUAGCAAAACUUGAUCAGGGUGGGGGGAUUGUUCCAAAUAGACACCGAUACCACCUAUUUUCAUUUGUUGAUAUCAUUCUGAAUACAUCAAGUAGUAAUAUUUCUAUGAAAUCUCAUGUGGAGACAUAUGUUUAUGUUUACUUCUUCUUUUUUUCUAAAUCACUUGUUUUUGUCAGGAAUUAAUAGUUAGAAUAUUCAUUUCAUAUUUCUACUUUCAACUAUAUUUAUUUCAAACCAUCUCGUGUUAUUUUGACUUUGAAGUUAUGGUGAUGAACUCACUCCAAACUUGUUGCCUUUAUUCUAGGAUGAAGUUUACUAUGCCAAAGGCUUUGUACAAAAUGGAGUAGGGAAUCAAUGCAGGAAUGCUCCAUUGAAUGACUUGUCUUUUGCUAUCAUUAUAGUGGCAAUCUAAAAAUGACUAGCACGUCCAAUCGCAUACAGGAUAGAUACAUUCAAGCUUCAUGUCAGUAUUCUACAUUGUAGUUGAAAAGAUUGCAGUGUGAGACACACCAUUUGACUUUUCCUUUUGGAUUGGGUUUUAUCGUCUUCAACUAAAGAAAGAUAAAUCAGUUUCAAGAUCUAGGAUUUCCUUGGCAACUGUGACACCACGAGAGUUGUUACUAAAUCAGCAGGAUAUGAUUUAUUAUGCUCCUAAAAAUCUCCCUUUAUUCCUUUAUUGUUAAUUCCACGAUAGAUUAUUUAAUGAAUUGGAAGCUGUCAAUGAAGUAUAUAUUGUCUUGUUUGAUGAAAAAGGAUGUAAUUUUGUAAAGCAAUGGAAAUGUGUAUCUUUAUUUUGUCAGUUUUUAUGGAGAUUUUGAUUAUUGUAAUAUUUAAGAUGUUGAUUUAUUUAAGAUCUUUGAUAUGAAUGUUGCUUUGUGGUAUUUCAUUAGAACAUUGAUAAAACUACCGAAAAUUGGCAUUAAAAUAUGCAAAGCUCAUGAGA